AUGCGGCUGAGCUCCCUGUUGGCCCUGCUGCGGCCAGCGCUUCCCCUCAUCCUAGGGCUGUCUCUGGGGUGCAGCCUGAGCCUCCUGAGGGUUUCCUGGAUCCAAGGGGAGGGAGAAGAUCCCUGUGUCGAGGCUGUGGGGGAGCGAGGAGGGCCACAGAAUCCAGAUUCGAGAGCUUGGCUAGACCAAAGUGAUGAAGACUUCAAACCCCGGAUUGUCCCCUACUACAGGGACCCCAACAAGCCCUACAAGAAGGUGCUCAGGACUCGGUACAUCCAGACAGAGCUGGGCUCCCGUGAGCGGUUGCUGGUGGCUGUUCUGACCUCCCGAGCUACACUGUCCACUUUGGCCGUGGCUGUGAACCGUACAGUGGCCCAUCACUUCCCUCGGUUACUCUACUUCACUGGGCAGCGGGGGGCCCGGGCUCCAGCAGGGAUGCAGGUGGUGUCUCAUGGGGAUGAGCGGCCCGCCUGGCUCAUGUCAGAGACCCUGCGCCACCUUCACACGCACUUUGGGGCUGACUACGACUGGUUCUUCAUCAUGCAGGAUGACACAUAUGUGCAGGCCCCCCGCCUGGCAGCCCUUGCUGGCCACCUUAGCAUCAACCAAGACCUGUACUUAGGCCGGGCGGAGGAGUUCAUUGGCGCAGGCGAGCAGGCCCGGUACUGUCAUGGGGGCUUUGGCUACCUGUUGUCACGGAGUCUCCUGCUUCGUCUGCGGCCACAUCUGGAUGGCUGCCGAGGUGACAUUCUCAGUGCCCGUCCUGACGAGUGGCUUGGACGCUGCCUCAUUGACUCUCUGGGCGUCGGCUGUGUCUCACAGCACCAGGGGCAGCAGUAUCGCUCAUUUGAACUGGCCAAAAAUAGGGACCCUGAAAAGGAAGGGAGCUCGGCUUUCCUGAGUGCCUUCGCCGUGCACCCUGUCUCCGAAGGUACCCUCAUGUACCGGCUCCACAAACGCUUCAGCGCUCUGGAGUUGGAGCGGGCUUACAGUGAAAUAGAACAACUGCAGGCUCAGAUCCGGAACCUGACCGUGCUGACCCCCGAAGGGGAGGCAGGGCUGAGCUGGCCCGUUGGGCUCCCUGCUCCUUUCAUACCGCACUCUCGCUUUGAGGUGCUGGGCUGGGACUACUUCACAGAGCAGCACACCUUCUCCUGUGCAGAUGGGGCUCCCAAGUGUCCGCUGCAGGGGGCUAGCAGGGCGGACGUGGGUGAUGCGUUGGAGACUGCCUUGGAGCAGCUCAAUCGGCGCUAUCAGCCCCGCCUGCGCUUCCAGAAGCAGCGACUGCUCAACGGCUACCGGCGCUUCGACCCAGCACGGGGCAUGGAGUACACCCUGGACCUGCUAUUGGAAUGUGUGACACAGCGUGGGCACCGGCGGGCCCUGGCUCGCAGGGUCAGCCUACUGCGGCCACUGAGCCGGGUGGAAAUCCUACCUAUGCCCUAUGUCACUGAGGCCACCCGAGUGCAGCUGGUGCUGCCGCUCCUGGUGGCUGAAGCUGCUGCAGCCCCGGCUUUCCUCGAGGCCUUUGCAGCCAAUGUCCUGGAGCCACGAGAACAUGCGUUGCUCACUCUGUUGCUGGUCUACGGGCCACGAGAAAGUGGCCGUGGAGCUCCAGACCCAUUUCUUGGGGUGAAGGCUGCAGCAGCUGAGUUAGAGCGACGGUACCCUGGGACGAGGCUGGCCUGGCUUGCCGUGCGAGCAGAGGCCCCUUCCCAGGUGCGACUCAUGGACGUGGUCUCGAAGAAGCACCCUGUGGAUACUCUCUUCUUCCUCACCACUGUGUGGACGAGGCCUGGGCCCGAAGUCCUCAACCGCUGUCGCAUGAAUGCCAUCUCUGGCUGGCAGGCCUUCUUUCCAGUUCAUUUCCAGGAGUUCAAUCCCGCCCUGUCACCACAGAGAUCACCCCCAGGGGCCCCGGGGGCUGGCCCUGACCCCCCCUCCCCUCCUGGUGCUGACCCCUCCCGGGGGGCUCCUAUAGGGGGGAGAUUUGACCGGCAGGCUUCUGCAGAGGGCUGUUUCUACAAUGCUGACUACCUGGCGGCCCGAGCCCGGCUGGCAGGUGAACUGGCAGGCCAGGAAGAGGAGGAAGCCCUGGAGGGGCUGGAGGUGAUGGAUGUUUUCCUCCGGUUCUCAGGGCUCCACCUCUUUCGGGCCGUAGAGCCAGGGCUGGUGCAGAAGUUCUCCCUGCGGGACUGCAGCCCACGGCUCAGUGAGGAACUCUACCACCGCUGCCGCCUCAGCAACCUGGAGGGGCUGGGGGGCCGUGCCCAGCUGGCCAUGGCUCUCUUUGAGCAGGAGCAGGCCAACAGCACUUAG